UGUACCACGUGGUGUCCCGUAUCUUCUGCCCUUGACUAGCAUGUCUAUGGCUCAACAAUGUCUGCGAACAAAAUUACUGGAGGGAAAACUAUUGAUAUUGUAAAGAAUCUACCUCGUAUAAACCUCGCCAACCUUCGACCAAAUCCGGGAGCUACGAAAAAUGAGACGCACAGAGGUCAUGGCAUGCACGGGGGUAAUAAAAGUGGACGGGGUCAUAAAGGUGAGCGACAGCGUGGUAACAGACCCCGAUUGGGCUUCGAAGGCGGACAGACACCCUUCUACCUGGUAAUCCCAAAAUAUGGCUACAAUGCGAAUCACAGUCGUCGACCGCAGUACCCCCCGUUCUCCCUGCGCAAACUGCAGUAUCUUAUAGAUUUGGGCCGUAUUGACACCACGCAGCCCAUCGAUCUGACUCAACUGGUCAAUAGCAGAGGGGUUGCGAUCCAGCCGCUGAAACGAGACUAUGGCAUCCAGCUCGUCGAUGAGGGUGCUGAUAUAUUCUGUGCAAAAGUUAACCUGGAAGUUCAGGUUGCAUCGGAGAAAGCCAUCGCUGCCAUUGAACGAAAUGGGGGUGUGAUUACAACAAGCUUCUACGAUCCCCGUAGCCUACAGGUCCUCAUCAAACCAGUGCCCUUUUUCAUAUCUGGACAACCCAUACCCAAGCGCAUGCUUCCCGGUGAAGACCUUCUUCCAUACUACACAGACGCCAAUCACCGCGGCUACCUCGCCGACCAGGAUCAAGUCCAAGCAGCGCGUCUAGCCCUGGCUAAAAAGUACGGCUACAGCUUACCUGACAUCACAAAAGAUGAACUCUUCGACAUGCUGGCGCAAAGAAAGGAUCCUCGGCAGAUCUUUUUCGGGUUAUCGCCCGGAUGGGUGGUUAACAUGGAAGAUAAGAAGAUCCUCAAACCCACCGACGAGAAAGUCUUGCAGUAUUAUGGCUCUUAAUGCUGACAGCGUGAUGUGUGCGGACCUAAUAUAUAUAUCUGUGUAUAUAGAGUGAAAGCGUUUCAAGAAUUGUUUGAAUUCAUUGUCUAUAAUAAACAUUCGAUUCCACAUUGCAUUCCUCAGUUAUUGAUUUUAAUAAGGGGUGUGCACAAAAAACAUACAGGACAGUGAAUGCCUGUCCUGCUGGUGAAAAUGUGUUAAUGUGUAAACCAUAAUGCAAAGAAAGAUUUCGUAUAACUCAAGAAGCAUCGGUAACACUUUUUCUAAUGUUCUGUAUGUAAAUAAGGAAAAGCUUUCUUGAAUAAGACAUAUUUAGAACUCACAAAUAUUUGAAUUAUUGUAAAAUGAUUGGUUUGUGUUCAACUGAGAAAAGAAAGUCGUGUACAUGGUAUUUUC